UCCGUCCCUCCUCCGACCUCUGAGUAGAGCGCUCCAUCAUCAGCCCAAAGCAGAAAGCUAUACAUCCAGGUAUGCUCGAACAUCCGACGCAACAGCAGGGAGCGUGACAUCAGUUACUCAGAAUGCCAGGCACGUGCACAGAAAUCAGGAAGACACCGAAUGCACCAGGCGCGAUUGGCUGCCAUCUGCGUGCGGCGGCAGAUGCAAGCGAAGAUGCGUCCAGUGCAACGGCGCCUCCUACGCAGAGCGAGACGGCUCUACUGGUUGUGAUGGCGCAACCUGGUGGUCAAGAUGACAUCGGCCGACCCGCCGGAUCCUGCGGGCUGAGAGCGCGGCUGAAAGGCACAACGUGCGAAGGCUAGCCAGCGUCCUUGUGAUCUGAUAAUCCCACGGGGGAUCACACGCGCAGCCCUAAACGCACCAUACGUAGACAGAAGGGGAAAGAGCAGGAGGAGAGACAAAUAAUGAGAAAGGCCGAGAAGGAAGACGGGGAAGAGCGGUCGGAUCGCUUGUCCGGAUGUGCACUCCGCGAAGCGAAAGCAGCAAUCCUAAUGUGAUCCAGCAAGCGGCAGGAGAAUCGUCGACUGCCUACGGCGCAGCAGAUGCAGGCCUAAACUGGGGAGGGGGGGAUGGGCGGGGGGAGGUGGGAAAGGAGGAAUCGUAGGCUGAGGGGGGAGGAGCAUGCGGAGACCUGAGGGCAGCCAAUGCAGCGCGGCGUCCCUCGGGCUCACCUCGCGCCGCGGAUGCUGACCUUCCCCGCCUCGCGGUUUCCCGUGGCAGCCCCGUGGGGGCAGUUCCCCACGCAGCUCAUGAUGCAGGGAAAGUCGGACGGCGCGCACGCCACGGUGAAGCAAUUGUCCGCACACAUCUUCGAGGUGAUCUGCGAGAGCGCGACCGGCAGCAUCAGCAGCGCGAGGAGGGCGCUGCGGAAGGCCACCAUCCGCAAAUAUUCCAGAGUGGAUCUGCGAAGUGUGCGGGUGCCGGAAGCAGGUGGCGCUAGCGCCAAGCCGAAAUGCUAACAGCAAGAAGAGU